AUGAUGAACUCCAGCGGUAUCGUUCAUCAAGAGGAAGUGGAGAACUUAUGUAAAGCUGGCAAGUGGGCAAAAGUCCUUAAGAUGUACGAGGAAAAAAGGGAUCUUCGUAUGGCCAAGAUAACAGCAACAGGAGACACCAUAUUACACAUGGCAGUGUAUACUAAGAAAGAGCAUGUUGUGGAAUCAUUGGUGGACAUAGUUUGUGGUGGAGAGAAGAUGAAUAAGCAGGACAAGAAGCAGUCGGCGUCAGUGUCAUCGGUGGAUGAAAAUGGAGAUGAGAAGAAGUCCGUCCUUGGAGUUCAGAAUGAAAAAGGUAACACUCCUUUGCAUUUAGCUGCUUCAAUAGGAAAUGCUGAAAUGUGUAAGAAGAUCAGCGGCGCAGAUCCGUUAUUAAUUGCCAUACCUAAUGGCAAUGGUGAGACACCUCUCUUCGUGGCAGUUCUCAAUGGAAACAGAAAAGCUUUUCUAUGGCUUCAUUAUCAGUAUAUGAAAAGCCCAGGAGUUUCUUCAACAGACUUUGAUCGCUCUAUAAUAAGGAGGAACAACGAUGAUACCAUACUUCAUUGUGCACUAGAAGAAGGGCAUAUUGAUGUGGCAAUCGAAAUAGUUCACCUUUAUGAAGAUCAUUUGAAAGAGAUGCUCAAGCAGAAUAAGAAUGAGUUGUCUCCACUCCAUCUCUUAGCAGGAACCCCUUCAGCUUUCGAAAGUAAUGAUCUUCUUGAUCGAUCUUCCAUUGUUCAACUUCUUUAUCGCUGCCUUUUUAGAGUUAAGAGAAAGAAGCAUGCCACGACGAAGGCCGAAUUGGAACAACGUGAACGUGAACCACGCCUUGUGGCCCUUAUUAAAGGAUUGAUUGUUCAUAUAGAUCGUAUUGCUGAUUAUCAUGAAAGAUCCACUUGGGCGGAGAUUAGGAAUGCAAUGGUGAUUCUGCUGCUUCUUUUGGUGGUGAUACUGCUAUUCCCCCCAGCAUUUGUAGAAAUGCUGUUCCAUAUGAUACGAAACUUGAAGGAAGAGCACACAUGGUCUGUUCAAAUAGUGGAAAAGCUUCUCCAGCAUGGUUCCCCUGAAGAUAUGUCAGCAAAUCCAUAUGAAGGGGGCAGCGGGCCAGGGUCUAAAAUAGUUGACACACCCCUAAUGAUUGCUGCUAAGAUGGUGUAA